AUGACGCAUGCUGGGCCUGAAUCCAUGGGAAGGGAGACAGAGUUUACUCAGGUGAGACAGGCGAGGAGGAAGCGUGAGCAAUCAAGAACUGUAGGGGGCUCGAUGCGACGUCAGGAGGAGCGGAGUGUGGGGGGAAGGAGAACACGGGAAGUACAUAAGGAGGGAGUGUUGGAGGAAAUUAGCGUGUCAAAUCGGUUUGGAGGUUUGGAGGAUGAGGGGGAGAAGGAGGAGCUUGCGGAGGUUGGUGUGAGAAAGGAAGGAAAUAAAGAAAAUGAGAACACCAGGAACCUAAACUGGAAAGGUCCGAGUAGGGUGCAUGGGAAGACUAUGACGUUUGUAGCAAAUGAGAAGGAAGAGAAUCAGGCCUCAAUUCGAUUGGGACCUAAAGUAAGGAAAGCAAGUAAUAUGAGAAGUACACAGUCCCAAAAGCCCAAAUCAAAACUGAUUGGGCCUACACGUGGACUGGUAUACGGUCCAACUACAGAAGGGAUCGACAUGCCUGCUAGUGGAAAGAGACUGAGAGUAGAGAAAGAGAGUAUCGGCCGACCGGGUGGAGUCUUCACCGGAGUUAGUGACGCAGAAGGGAAGGAGAGGAAUCCCGAUCAUGCUGAGGAGCAGAGGAGUAUGCAGGUGCAAAUUGCACAGAUGGAGACCCCCCAGAUUGCUACAUCGGAUUCCUGUGUGGAGCAAGUGGGAGAGGCGUUGACGGUAUUUGAAACGCACGCUAGUGGAGCAGCUGCGGGUAGAAUUUGUCAGAGAUUGGGGUUUGAGAACUCCUUUAGAGUGGAUGCGUGUGGCCAGAGCGGUGGUAUGUGGCUUUUAUGGAGAUCGGAAGUAGGAGAGCUGGAGAUUGUUAAGUCUUCUGAUCAGUUUAUCUAUGCUCGAGUAGGAAGUGGGACCGAGGUGAUCAAUUUGAUUGUCGUGUAUGCUGCUCCUACGCCGAGUCGUCGAAGUGGUCUAUGGACUGCUUUGGGAGAGGUGAUUCAAAAUGUUGAUGGGCCGGUGUUCGUUGGGGGUGAUUUCAAUACUAUUGUGAGAUUGGAUGAGAGAAGCGGUGGGAAUGGGAGACUAUCUGAAGAUUCACUAAUUUUUGGAGAUUGGAUAAAUGAGAUGUCGCUCAUUGAUAUGGGUUUUAGUGGAAACCAGUAUACAUGGAAGAGGGGGAAGACAGAAAGUACCUUCGUCGCCAAGAGAUUGGAUAGAGUUUUAUGUUGUGCUCAGUCGAGGCUGAAGUGGCAAGAGGCAAAAGUAUCACAUCUACCGUUCUUGGCCUCGGAUCAUGCCCCGUUGUAUCUACAACUCACGCCAGAGACCAAAGGGAAUGCAUGUCGACGCCCUUUCCGGUUUGAGGCAGCAUGGCUACAGCAUAGUGAGUUCAAAGAGUUGUUGCUAGCCUCGUGGAAUCGGGACAUCGACACCAGAGAGGCGCUAGAGCGGCUGGGAGUAAAACUGAAACAAUGGAAUAAGGAGGUUUUUGGGAAUGUUCAAAAGAAGAAGGAGUCCUUGGUUUCGCAGAUUACGAGAGUUCAACAACAAAUUGAUCUGCAACAAACAGAAGAGCUAUUGGUAAAAGAAGGUGAGCUUCUGAAGGAGUUUGAAAUAGUUCUGGAACAGGAAGAACUUAUUUGGUUUUAG